ACAAAUCGCAAUAGCAAAACUAGCCCUUAAGGAUUGCGGCAGCGCGCAUUUGUUAGGAAGGAACAGAUCACAAUGGACGCAGUUUCGCCGGGACGUACCCAGCAAGCCCAAGGCGUCGCUUUGCUCGCCGCCUCCGCGCUGGCCGAGGCGGGAAAGCGGGAAUUUGUGCAAGAGGGCGGGAGGGAUCUGCCUCCUUUAGGAGAAGGAGGGCCUGGGAAAAUUAGGCUGUUGCUUCGGCGGCAAUGUGCAAACAGCGGGGGACUGGAACUGCGCCGCAAGCCGUUAGGAGGUCGACUAGCAGACCCGAAGGCUACGAUCCGGAGCGCGCUUACUUGCAUUAGCGGUUGCCACUGAAAUCAGCAGCCUUUACAAACUUUCCAGUAAGCACGGCGAGGAUCGGAGUAGCCAAAAGCACCGGCAAAAGGGAAAAUAUGCUUGUCUGGCCCACGUAAGAACAUUUUCUUGUCUGGAAAGCUGAGGAAAGGGCGGGCGUAAACAGGCCGGGUCGGGUGGCGCGUUUCGAUUGAAACUUUUGUUUGGAAGCUCUUUUGCUUCUGCUGGGCUAGAGACCUCGGGCGAUGUACGUCACUGCUUAAUCCGGGCAAUUUCUCUGCUGGUUAUCUGAAAACUUCAUGCAAAGCUUUUCUCUUCCUGCUCCGGGCACUAAGAAGCUGAUCCUAAGUGCUGAUACUCAGAAGCAAGCGCCGCUGCGUUCAAUGGGGUUCACUUCCUGGUGAGUUAUAUGUAGCGUCGCAGCACAAGGCUGCAACCGGGCUGCCUCUUUCCUCCAUCUUCCAUUUCAAUCCCUUGCGGUGGCACCGGUGCUCGUUUGGCUGGCAAGUCAAAACAUGCGCAGCCCCUGGCAAUGUGACACCAGAAGAUGGCUGGGCCGCAGGAGCUUGGGGACCCUCUGGGGGAGGGUGCUUUGGAGGCCGAGGCACCUGCUAGUUCCUGCUUGGCUGGCAACAGGCUCAACUUAGACGUCUACCCAGAGGGCUGUCGCCUGUUCCUCAAGCUGUAUGAGAAGAGAAGGGAAGAAGUGGAGCAGGUGGAAUUCUUGAGGCUGAGCUGCAAUGAGGAACUUAUCACUUCCACACUAAGCACCAUUCCGGUCCUGAAGGGCUUAAAAUCCCUUGUACUCAAAGGUGGACACACCAGAGAUGAAAUUGGCACUCCCCAGAGAGGGUUGGUGGCAUCACUGCCGCAAGAGCUGGGGGAGCUAAGCCACCUUGCUCAUCUGGAUCUGGGCUUCAACAGCUUCAGUGCUCUGCCUCCCUGCAUCACCAAGCUGGGCAGUCUCAGGAGCCUCCUGGUGAGUCACAACAGCCUGCAGGGGUUGCCUGAGGACUUUGGCCAGCUCAGCAACCUCACUUUCUUCUCCGCCAUGAAGAACCAGCUCCAAGGUCUGCCACAGAGCAUAGGGGAGCUGGCAGCACUAGAAACACUGGACCUCUCUGAAAAUGCACUGGAAUCGCUUCCUGAAGAGAUUGGAAACCUGCAGAGUUGCACAGAGCUGGAUCUCUCAGGGAACCUAUUAACAGGAAUCCCUAGCUCUCUUGGCAAUUUGCAGUCUCUGCGGCAGCUACAUCUUCACAGCAAUCUUCUGGUGACAGUUCCUGCAUCCCUGGCCGGCCUUCCCAACUUGUCCAGGCUUGAUCUGCAAAACAAUAGGCUGCGCAGCAUCCCCCCAGAGAUCCAGAGCCUCCCCUUUGUGCAUCUCCGUGGUAAUCCUCUAGGAGAGCCAGAGGUGCCGCUGCAACCAGACUCAAACUCAAGGCCAGAAAAAUUACAAAGACUAUUCCUUGAAGCUGGUGAGGAUAGCUUUACUGUGACUCCUGAAGGCUGCAGAGUUUUCCUAGCUUGUGGUGUCCAGUUUUGCUUCCCCUUGGGUGCCACCACCACUUCAGUAAAUAUCCACUUCCAAAGGCACUCCCCUGACCCCCAGUGGGUCAAGCUGAAGGACCAUGACAUCCUGCUGAGUGAAGUCCUGGAGCUGCAGCCUCAUGGGAUUCAUUUCCAGAAGGAGGUGCUGAUCUGGCUGCCAUAUGCCUCCACGCAGUACCUGCACGACCGUGAGAUUGUAAUUCGAACCUUCAGUGGGCAAAACUGGAGUGACUUGAGAACCAGAGUGGAAUGGAAAGAAAAGCCAAAGAAGCAUGUGGCCUGCUGCAGCGUCCCUCACUUCUCUUGGUUCUUGGUUGUCUCUCGACUUGUGGAGAAUGAAUGCAGAGUCCCUCAAGAGGGAGCCUUGCUUUUUUCAACUGUCGAUCCCAACAUCAAAGUGACCUUUCCCCCUGGCGUGACUGAGGAGACGAGGACAGUGAAGCUCCAGGUGCUGCCCGUGUCUUCAGAGGACCUACAGGAGAUCACAAAUGAUCCUGAGACGGUUGCUAGCCCCCUCCUCUGCCUCUCCCAGAAUUCCAGCAUCGACUUCCUUCAGCCUGUAAAAAUUCAGCUCCCUCUGCCCCCAGGAGUCACAGGUCUGACCCUGGAUCGCUCCAGGGUGCAUCUGCUGCACAGUGACUGGAAUGCUCAGAACUGGAAUGACAUCACCAGUCAGGUGGUGCUGGAGUUCACCCACCUCUAUGCUUUGUUUGAAGUCACACACUUCUCCUGGUACUGGUUGUGGUGCACCACCAAGACCUAUAUCGGUGGCUUUGCCAAAUAUGUCUAUAAAAGGUUGCGCAUGUACCAGGUGAACUUCAUAGCUCUGCAGAGGAAGAAAGAUCCUGAGCAAGUCUUGCUUCAGUGUGUCCCAAAGCACAAGGUUGAUCCUGUUUUGAAAAGGCUCCACGACAGAUACCGAGGCCCUGAGCCAUCGGACAUGGUAGAGAUGGUUGAAGGGGAGCAGUUCUUUGCAGCCUUUGAACGAGGCAUCAGCAUUGAUGCAGACCGCCCAGACUGCACUGACGGAAGGAUUUCGUUCAACUUUUUCUCUCACUUGAAAAACGUGAAGGAAGUCUACAUCACCUCUGAAGCGGACAGGAAAAGCAAAUCUGUGAAAGGGCAGGUUUCCUUUUACCGAGGUGCUGUUCCAGAGGACAUUCCUGAAGAGGUUACCAAGAGGAGGAAAGGCCCUGAUUCCCAUUGGCUAGCCACCUUGCCAAUCAAGCUACCCAAACUGAAAACCCAGGGGAAGGAGCAGCCUACAACCCCAAAUGGCUUUUCUCUCCCCCCUCUGAAUUUGGGGAAUGCUGAAACUGGCUACUUGACCCAGGCCAACCUACUUGCCAUUGCUGGGCGUGUUGGAGCUGAUUGGCCAACGAUUGGCUUAAACCUGGGUUUGUCUUACCAGGAGGUAGAGCAGAUACGAUACAAUUACAGAGACGACCUCGGUGCUCAGGUUCUGCAUAUGCUCUUCUCCUGGGCUCAGCAAAAUGAAAAACACCCCGACUGUGUCGACAAGCUGAUCAGUGCCAUGAAGGAGAGCGGCCGCCAAGACAUAGCUGAUGAGAUCACAGCCAUCAUUGCGCUGGGAAGGCAAAAGUACAGGGAGUCCAUCAGGAGAGUGGGUCUAGACCAGGAGAGCAGCACCGAAGACUCUGCCAUUGCCAUGGUGUAGCUGCCAGCAAGAGGCCUCCAUCGCCUUGCUGUGGCUUGCAUUGGGCAGGCAGGAACCAGGCAAAGGACUGGCAGUGGAUCCGUGAAGGAGCUGAGGCUGAGGACUGUUGACAACAUGCAUCUAGCCCCAAGUACCAAUGCUUGGUCUCUUGUCAAGCCCCCAGAUGUUCUCACCCAGGGCUGCUAGAAUGAGAAUGACCUGCCGAACAUUAAUGACGCAGAGACAUGCUGAGCCCUAAAUGUUGCCAGUUUGGUGACUUAUUUAUUUCAUGUCCACCCCUACAAGGGGGAAAAACCAUCUGUGAUCUGUUGUUAAAUUCAAGAUGGUUUCUGUGGUUGUCACCAUGCCCUCAGGCACCCUCCUUGGUUCUUGGCAAGGCCUCCUGCCCUGCCUAAAUUGCAUUCUGAUUCUUCCAUGGGGCUCAGCUAUCUGGAAAACAGACGCUACCUCCCUCGUAGCACUCCCCCACCCUGUAUGCUUGUGGGCCCCGCAGUGGGGUGCUUGGCCUACUUUUUUUGCUUGGCCAAUAGUUUGGUGUGUGUGUUGCCUGCUUUUUUGGGUUGGGUGUUGCCUACUUUGUCUCCAAUUUUGUUGUUUGUGGGUGGCAAUUGGUAUUUUGCCUCAUGUUUUGAGGGGGAGGUUUCCUGAGCAUUGGCAGUUUUUCUUCUGUGGAAUAGGUAUUUUGUGGAACCUGUAGAAGAAAUUCCACGUAGUCCUAAGAAGCUUGUUCUCUCAGCACAAGCGCUUCCUCUUGCCUGAUGGGAUCUCCUCUCUCCUCCCCUAUCUGCUGUUCUGGGGAUUCUCCUUACGCAAUUGGGAGGGGGCAUGGGGAAGGGGAGGAAAGCCUCAUUGUGCUAACAGAAGGCCUUGUGUGGGCUUCUGGGAGCAGGACCAGUUAGUUAAAUCUGGCAUGAUGACAUUUUCUUAGACUUCCAAAUGCACCCCUUGGCCCCAGAAAGGUUGGAGGGCCUUGCUCAGAGGAGAUUCUCUUGUAUUCCCCCCCAACAUGCAUGGCUUUAGAUUUUAUUUUAAUAACUGAAGGAUCAUGGGAUUUGGGAGUGGGAACCAGGAAAAGUGACAUGUGCCUGCUAUCUGCUAUCAGACUUUACAUCUGGUUCACUUGGGGAAGGACUCUGGGCCUACUACUUACACUCUCAGUUGGGGGAACUGUUGCUAUGCCUUGUUAUUAACUGCCAGUUUCUUCUGGUCUCGGCUGCUAUCUCUCAACCUAGCCUACCUCACAGGAUUGUUGUGAGGAUGAAAUGCAAAAGCAUUGAGCUCCUUGGAGGAAAAAGGCAGGACACAAAUGAAAUAAAAACAAAAUUCAAACCUACACAUUGUCACUGGUGUCGUAAGUGUGGGAUGCAUGGCUGUUUGAGGAAGAUAGGUUUCAUCAACCCUCACCUCUCAGUACCUAUGCCCUCUGGACCUUCAG